AUGUGGAAUAAUACUUCUUUUGGAAUAUUAAUUUUGGAGUUGUUUGCUCUUUCUUUAUUUUUGAUGGGAUAUUUUUAAGUUAAGACAACUUUUGAGGAUAUUAAUGAAAUAGAAUCAUCAAAUGAUAAACCAAUGAAAAUCAUAUUGCUUUUGGUAGAUGCAUUGCGUAUUGAUUUAUUUGCUAAUAAAAACUUUACUUUUUAUUAGGAUAUGAAAGAAAAUAAAGAGGAGUAUUAAAUUCUUUAUUAUGGAAUAUCUUCUACGCCAACUGCAACUUAAUUAAAUUUACAAUCAAUCACAACAGGUAAUUUUCCAUCAUUUAUUGAUUUUGGUUCAAAUAUGGCAGCAUAAGAAUUAAAAGAAGAUAAUGUAAUAUAUUCAAUGAAAAGAAAUAAUAAAAAAUUGGCAUUAUUAGGAGAUGACACUUGGUUUCAUAUGUUUCCAAAAUCAUUUGAUUAUAAAUUUGUUUCUGAGUCAUUUGAUGUAAGAGAUUUAGAUUCUGAUGAUAAUAUUAUCAUUAAUAAUAUUGAGGAAUUGAUUAAAGAAGAUAAAUAUGAUUUUAUUGUUGGUCAUCUUUUAGGAAUUGAUCAUUCAGGACAUAGUUAUAAUGAUAGUAAUUAAGCAUUAUGGAAUAAAUAAUAAUAAUAUUCAGAUCUCUUAUAUAAAAUAUACAAUUAAAUGGAUAAUAAUACAAUGUUGUUUGUAGUAGGUGAUCAUGGAAUGUCUUAAGAUGGUAAUCAUGGUGGGGAUAGUCCUUAUGAAAUUAGCUCUACAAUUUAUGCUAUUAAUAAGUAAUAUAAAUUCAAUAAGAAUCUUUUCGAUUAAGUUAUCAAUAAUCAACAAUAUAUAACUUAGUAAUUAAUAGAUAGAAAUUUAUAUGUUAGAUAAAUAUAUAGCAUUAAUUUGGCUCCUACUAUUUCAUAUUUAAUGGGUAUAUCUCUUCCUUUUAGUAAUAUGGGAUCUAUUUUAACAGAAAUGAUUAAUACAAAAGAAAAGUAAGAAAAUAGUUGUAAAGAAAACUUAAUUUAAAUUAUGAAUUACUUAAAUAAAUUAGUGAAAUCCUAAGGUUCAAUAAAUAUAAAUCUAUAAUAAUACGAAUAAUAAAUAUAAAGUUAAAAAUUGAAAUGCCAAUACAUUUAAAAUAUAAUAAAAGAAUUAUAGUUUGAAAUAAAAGAAAAGGUCAAAACUUAUGAUUACACUUUAUUAUUUCUAGGUUUGAGUAUGAUGUUCAUAUUGUUUGCUUUUCAUAUUAUAAAAUAAUCUGAAUACUUGUUUAAUAAAUAGUUUACAAAUUAAUAUCAUUAUAUCUUUUAUAGACUGGAAUUUUUAAUCAUUAUAAUACCAAUUGCUAUUUUGAUAGAUCUACUGUUUUCACAUUCAUUUUCAAUCAAGUUUAUUUCACUUUAUUUGAUAUUGGCAAUAUUAAAAUAAAUACUUUAACCAUUGACAUAGAUGUAAAAUAUAAGACUUAUUAUAACAAAAAUCAUAAACCCAUUGCCACAUUAUAGAUAAUACUUUAUGAUAUUUGCAAAUAUAAUUACUUAAAUUGGAAUAUAGGUUUUAUCAAUAAAUAGAUAAAUAGUAUCUUCAUCAAAUAUUUUUGGUACAUUAUUGAACAUUUUAAUUAUCCUUAUAAUUACUCAAUUUAGAUUAAUAAAAUAAAUUCAAUAUGUUUUAUUAGCUUUAUUUUUGUUAAUUUUGGCAGAAUAAUAUAAUCUUCCUUAAGAAUCUAAUAAACCUUUGUCCCCUCUAAUUAUUAUUGCCAUAAAUUUAAUACUUGAAUCAUUUUGGAUAAAAUUUUUUUUACCUAUAAUUUUAAUGUAAAAAAUACUAUAUAAAUUAAAUUUUAAGUAAUUUUAUAUUUUAUUUUAGAAUAUGUUUUUAUGUCUUUUUAGGUUUAGCUUAGUUUAUUCAUUUUUAUAACAAUUGUUCAGUAUUUAAUAACAUUUUAAACUAAUUAUUUGAUAGCCAUUUAAGAAUAAUAACUAUCUAUCUACCUAUGUUAUUAUAUAUAUGCUCUGUAGCAAUGAUUAUCAUUUUUCGCGAUUUUAGUUAUUGUAAUUAUUUAAUAUGAAUAUAGUUUUCUUAAUCAUAUUAACAGUUUCAGGAAAAUAGGGAAUGAUGAUAUAUUGCUGUUUAUUUUAUUCGGUUCGCUAUUUGACGAAAUUUUAUUUAUAAAUUGAUAAAGCUUGGCUACCUCCAAUAGCUGGAGCAACAAUAUAAUUAAUGUUAAAUUAUAGUUGGUUUUGUUUGGGUCAUAGAAUGUCAUUUAGUAAUGUUAAAUUUUAGGAUGCUCUUAUUGGUUCAGAAAGUUUUAAUGUAGUUUUUAAUACAACUUUAUUAAUAAUCAGCAUAGUAACUAUAAUUAAAAUAAUUUUAGUUUGGUGUAUUUGCAACAAUUAAUAUAAUUAAAAAUAUUACUUUGUAAAUUCUAAUAAAUGAAUAAUCUUUAUAAUAGAAAUUUCCAAUACAAUAAUUAAAUAAUAGAAUAAUUGAUUUUGUAAUAAUCGUUCAAUUUUCUUAAGUUACUUUUAAAGCUCUUCAUAAUAUUUUAAAUUUAUAUCAUCAAAAUAUAAUUGAUUUAUUCGCAUAAAGAAUUAUUUAUGAAUCCAUAUUUUUUACUAUUAUAAUUUUGGUUAGAUUAUUCAACACAAUAUUUGAGAAAAUCAUCUGUUAAAAAUAAUAUGAAUUUUAUUUUUAACCUUAUUAAAAAUUAACAAAUGAUAUCAAAGAUAAAAACAAAGAAUGA